AGGAUGUAUAAAUGUGCAUCGCCAUCAGGGUUCAGCCACAUUUGAGAAGCAGGAGCCAUUCCAAGGACACAGCUCACAGGCUGAUUUGGUUCUCAGCUCCGAAAUCCAGAUUGAACUGGGGACUAUUACUGGGACGCUCUGGCUGCUUAACUCUGAAGAGACCCUGUGAAGGAGACAGUGAGGCGCCUUGCAUCGCCGACCUCUACUGGACUCCCCCACCAUGUGCACUGGGGGCUGUGCCAAGUGCCUGGGGAGCACCCUCAUUCCUCUCGCCUUGUUUGGCUUUUUGGCCAACAUCCUGUUAUUUUUUCCUGGAGGAAGAGUGAUAGACAAUAAUGACCACCUUUCGGAAGAGGUCUGGUUUUUCGGAGGAAUAUUAGGAAGCGGGGUCUUGAUGAUCUUCCCUGCGCUGGUGUUCCUGGGCCUGAAGAACAAUGACUGCUGUGGCUGCUGUGGCAAUGAGAGCUGUGGGAAGCGCUUUGCUAUGUUCACCUCCACAAUAUUUGCUGUGAUUGGAUUCUUGGGUGCUGGAUACUCAUUUGUCAUCUCGGCCAUCUCAAUCAACAGGGGUCCUAAGUGUCUCAUGGACAAUAGCACGUGGGGCUACCCCUUCCAUGACGGGGAUUACCUCAAUGAUGAGGCCUUAUGGAGCAAGUGCCUCAAGCCUGAGGAUGUGGUGCCCUGGAAUCUGACCCUCUUCUCCAUCCUGCUGGUCGUAGGAGCGAUCCAGAUGCUUCUCUGUGUCAUCCAGGUGGUCAAUGGCCUCCUGGGGACCCUGUGUGGAGACUGUCAAUGCUGCGGCUGCUGUGGGGGAGAUGGACCAGUUUAAAUCCCGUUGAGGAGCUGCUCUAACUGGACGGUGUAUGGGACACUACAUUAGACUUCUUCCUGGGGUUGGCAAUUCCUACCUGCUUCCUAACUAACAAAGCUUAGGGACAGCAGAGUUAUUCCUUCUACUUUCCAAGCAGCUUAGCUCAACUCAGAUUUUUAUGCUUUUUUCAAAUGAAAAAUAGUUUGGUCAUGGAAGUUAGGUUUCUUUAUCUUUCAGAUUCCCUUCCUUCCAGAAUUGAAGAAUAGGUUCAGAGCAAAUUGUUCGUAAUUUGUUUUCAGUGAAAAGUGUGUAAGGUCACACCUACUGCCACACCACUUCUUUGUAUAUAGAGAUGUUCAUAUCUUUGGAAGUUUUACAUAAUUCAACGGAGGAAAGCGUAUUAAAAAUGAGAAACUACGACCUGUUUUGGUUUUCAAGGUUUAUGAGAAACAUAGAAUGACUGAUGUAUUAUAAAUAAUUUUACUUGGUGUCUUUGGGCUGAUAUAUUUGAGGUACCUGUGACUAGUCUUUUGAGCCUGCUUAUAUUUGUAAGGUUUUCUUGUGUAUAUUAAAUUAAAAUCAUAAUUUA